AUGAGAAAAAUUAAACAGAGUUUGGCAGCAAGGAAAGUCAAUUUUGUGAUGCUUCAAGAAAAAAAGAGAUCAUCAAUUACGCCUGAAAUAGUAAAGUCUCUCUGGUAUGAAGAUAGUUUUGAGUAUCUGGCAAUGGAUGUGGAAAGAAGAGCUGGUGGGUUGCUAUGUAUAUGGAAUACAGAGGUGUUUCAAUUCGAUGCUUGCUGUGGAAUUCGUCAUUUUAUACUACUGUCAGGUAAAUUAUUUUUCUCUUUUAAUUGUGUGAUUGUCAAUGUAUAUAGUUCAUUAGAGGUAGUUAAAAGGAAAGAAUUAUGGGUCAGUCUAACUCGGUUGAAGAGUCUGUUCUUGGGGCCAUGGUGUAUGGGGGGUGAUUUCAACGAAAUAAGGAAUAUUGCUGAGCGUAUUGGGUGCUCUAGAAAGGAUAGAGGAAUGAGGGAUCUUAAUGACUUAGUUGAACAACUGAAGUUGAUUGAUUUGCCUAUGCUUGGGAAGAAAUUUACUUGGUAUUUAGUAGUGAAAUUUUGGUUAGAUUUCCAAGUGGAAGGUUGGGCUGGUUAUAGAUGCCUUAUGAAUUUCAAAGCUUUGAAACACAAAUUAAAGGUGUGGAACAUUGAAGAUUUUGGGAAGCUAGAGUCUAAGCUUAAAGCUCCUGAGGAAAAAGCCCAUGCCAUAGAGCUAAUUGCUGAAGAAUGGUCACAUCUAGGGGUUGAACAAGCUAGAUGA